CGACGCGCUGCGCCUGCGCGGCGCUCACGUUUGAGCCUGCGCUGUGCCUCGGGGUGCGCGCGUGCCUCAGAACGGGCUGUCGGGCGCGAGCUCUAGCUGUUUGUUUCCAUCCUGAGAUGACCACACUAUUUUCCCAACCUCUGCCAGGCCCCUAGAGGUGGACGCCAGAAAUGGACCUUGUGAGACUUGCCCGCCUCUUCUCUGCCCCCUGCACCAGGGCACUGCUGGCUGUGUGGCAGCUUCACCCCAUCAGAGCACGAUGGAGGAGAGGGGAGGGGCCUGCAGGGCUGUGCCAGCCAGUGCCCACAGCCCACAGCAGCACCAUCUCUCAGCUGCCUGUGGCCCCAGAGAGCAAGAGGAACACAGACCCGGGGCAACCCAGCACCACGGCCACAGAGGAGGAGGAGGAAGAGGAGGAGAGCUUCGGGACCCUCUCUGACAGAUACUCCUCCCGAAGAUUGUUCCGCAAAUCCUCAGCCCACUUCUAUAACUUGCGGCUCCAAGAACAGGGUGCUGAAGAUGAAGAGGAAAGCGAGCCAGAGUCUCAAGCGUGGCGGGGCCGGCGGAACACCCCUCAUUGGUACUUCUUCCGGUGUAAGCAGCUGAUCAAGGAGGGGAAGCUGGCCGAGGCCCUGGACCUGUUUGAGGGGCAGAUGCUGAAGGAAGAGCGACUCCAGCCCCUCGAGUGUAACUACACGGUGCUGAUCGGUGGCUGCGGACGGGCUGGCUACCUAAGGAAGGCCUUCCGGCUGUACAACGAUAUGAAGAAGCGAGACCUGGAGCCAUCAGACGCCACGUACACGGCCCUGUUCAAUGUCUGUGCUGAGUCGCCCUGGAAGGACUCGGCUCUCCAGAGUGCCCUGAAGCUCCGGCAGCAGCUCCGCGCCCGCAACUUCCAGCUCAACCUGAAGACCUACCACGCGCUGCUGAAGGCGGCUGCCCUGUGUGCGGACCUGCGGCUGUGUCUUGAGGUGUUCAAGGAGAUCGUCCACAAGGGACAUGCAGUCACAGAGGAGACGUUCUGCUUCCUGCUCAUGGGCUGCAUCCAGGACAAGGAGACGGGCUUCCGCAGAGCCCUGCAGGUGUGGAGGCAGAUGCUGAGUUUGGGGUUCAAGCCAAGUCGGCACAGCUACAACCUGCUGCUUGGGGCCGCUCGGGACUGUGGCCUAGGGGACUGCACGGUGGCGGCAGCGCUGCUGCUGAGGCCCCAGCAGGAGAUGAGUUUACCGCAGCUCCCAGCAGGGCCUCGGGGGGCGAGGAGAGCCCCAGCCAGGGCUGCCGAAGGCCUGGUCACCAGAGUGCAUGUGGAGGCCCUGGAGAAGCAGCUGUUUCUGGAACCAUCUCAGGUUCUUGGGGCAGCUCCUGAGGUCCCUGCAAGUAGAGCCCCCAGCGAGUCCAGGCCCACUGUGGGAGCCCAGACAGUGCCCCAGUGUUCUGGGGCCCUGGAGCCAGCACCCCCGGGUCUGGACACCAACCUCCUGCGCCUCCAGGCCAUGCCCCCCGCUGUGGUCUCCUUUGGCACAGUGGCCACCCGGGAGGACAGACUGGCCUUGAUGGGGGGCCUGGAGGGGUUCCUGGGCCACAUGGAGGAGCAUGGGCUGCAGCCCGACAUCAAGACUCUCACACUGCUGGCUGAGGUGGUGGCACCCGGGAGCCCCGCAGAGGCCUCGCUGCUGACCAUGCUGGACACGUGUGCGCUGGAGGCUGAUCUCACCUUCUUCAACACACUGAUAAGGAGGAGGAGCAGGUCGGGCGACCUGGAAGGGGCAAAGGCGCUGCUGCCAGCCUUGGCCAAGAGAGGCCUCGUCCCCGACCUGCGAACAUUCUGCAGCCUGGCCAUUGGGUGCCACCGGCCAGCAGAUGGGCUGCAGCUGCUUUCGGACAUGAAGAAGUCCCAGCUGAGCCCCAACACCCAUGUCUACAGCGCCCUCAUCAAUGUGGCCGUCAAGAAGCUGGACUAUGCCUACCUCAUCGACAUCCUCAGGGACAUGAGGCACAGCCAGGUCCCAGUGAACGAGGUGGUCAUCCGCCAGCUCGAGUUUGCCGCCCAGUACCCGCCGACCUUCGACCGGUACAAGGGGAAAAACACCUACCUGGAGAAGAUCGAUGGCUUCCGAGCUUACUAUAAGCGGUGGUUGAAAGUGAUGCCAGCCGAGGAGACCCCCCACCCCUGGCAGAAGUUCCGGAGCAAGAGCAGAGAGGCCCAAGACACCCUCACCUCGGCUGAUGUGAACACAGGGUACGGGGGCAGGUAAGGGGCCGUGGGGCCCCUUUAACACUGAAGAAACUGGGCUGGGCCCAGUCUGGGGUGUGGUGCUUACUUGGACAC